AUGGAUCUCUCCCAGUUACUGCCCUCGGUCAUCAUCCCGACGUUCUACAGCGUCGCAGUCAUCCUGGGCCUGCCUCUCAACCUGUUGGCUGUCUGCAUUCUCGCCUCGAAAAAGAAAGACUCCAUGUCCGUCUACAUGGUUAACCUCGCCGCAGCAGACACGAGCUUCUUGCUGGUGUUGCCGAUGAAGAUCGUCUACCACUUGAAGGGAAACCAUUGGUCUCUGCCGGGGUUCUUUUGCCGCGUCUACACCAUGACGUUCUUCUCUACCCUCUACACCGCCACCAUGUUGGUGGCCGCCAUCAGCAUGGAUCGCUACUUGGCCAUCGUGCACCCGCUCUGGGUCACCGGCUGGCGCAAGACCCGUACGGCGUGGAUCGUGAGCGCGGUGAUCUGGACUUUGGCGGUGAGCCACUCCGUUCCCUCCAACUUCGUCACCAUAUUAAGCGUCGCGAAUGCCACCAAUAACAGCAGCGACCCACCGAGAAUUAUAUGUUACGAAGCGUUCACCAAGGAGGACCUCGACUUCCUCGUUCCCUUCAGAUUGUUCCUCUUCGUCACGCUCUACUUCACCUCGCUGGUGGUGACGCUCUUCUCCUACGGGAAUAUCAUUCGGGUUCUAGUCACGAGUCAGCAGUCGAACCAGGAGAAAAAGUCACGCGCCACGAAGAUCACGGUCGUGAGCAUCCUCAUCUACGUCUUCUGCUUCUCGCCGUACAACGCCACGCACCUCGUUGCGUUUGCCUCGAGCAAAAUGAGCAACUUCUCCUAUCACGCCAUCUCCAUCCUCAGAGACAUCACGCUCUGCCUCUGCUCGCUGAACAGCCUCUUCGACCCGCUCAUCAUCUACAUCGCGUCGUCCGCAUUCCGCUCGUCUGUCAAAAACAUAUUCAGCUGUGUCCCCAUGCCGACAGCGCCAUCAUCUCACGCGUUGCUCGCUCCACGCGGGGGAUGGGACCGCGUCCCCGGCACGGGGCUCCUGCGGCUGAGCAAGGCGGAGUGA